GCGGUCCGGCCGCGAUCAGACGAGUGCGCGCCGCGCUGCUUCCGCGACUCCGGCGCGCGCGCGCCCGCGCGCUCCGCAUCCACAACUUACUUCCCAGUGCGCCGGGAGGGGACUUCAGCGCGUUGUAGGCUCAGGGUGCCGCGAGCGCACCCGCACACUGCGCUGAGGGGAGCGACGCCGUUAACUCGCACGGAACCCGAGGGUACGUCCACCGACGAGUUCGUCUGCAACAACCGAUUCUCCCACCCGGUGAUCAGACAGGCGCGGAGAGUUCGGUGGUGCCGGUGAUGUAACGGGUUUCAUCUCAACUGUUGCCACAUUAGCCUCUCCUCUUAGAGCAUGGGACCCCUCAAACUCUAAAGGCGCCGGAGUCGAACGAGGCGGAGGGAGAAACCCCGGGAAACGAGGCGGCGAGGAGCGGAGCCAUGGAGUCCAUACUGUCGGAGCAGUCGGCCACAGUGGACGAGCUGGUGGAAGCGUGCAUCCAGGCCUUCGAUGAGAAGGGCACUUUGAAGGACGCUACCUUGGUGCGCAUGGUCCUCAUGAUGCACCCCUGGUACAUCCCUUCCACCGACAUGGCCAAGAAGCUGGUGCUGAAAUCCCAAGAGGAGAGCUGCACCGCUGAGCGCCAAACGAGAAUAUGCCACCUUAUCAAGUACUGGAUCUCCGAGUUUCCAGCGGAGUUCACUCUGAACCCGGAGCUGGCCGACCAGAUCAAAGACUAUAAAGACCUUUUGACCACCGAGGGCAACGAGCAGCAGAGCCAGCUCAUUGACCUCGACAGUGUGCCGUCGCACAAAUGGAAGCGGCAGGUGACGCAGCGCGUGCCGUCGGUGAGCAAAAAGAGGAAGAUGUCGCUGCUCUUUGACCACCUGGACUCAUGUGAGCUGGCCGAACACCUCACCUACCUGGAGUACAAGUCCUUCUGCAAGAUCCUGUUCCAGGACUACCACAGCUUCGUGAUGCACGGCUGCACGGUGGACAACCCCAUCCUGGAGCGCUUCAUCACGCUCUUCAACAGCGUGUCCCAGUGGAUUCAGCUGAUGGUGCUCAGCAAGCCCACCGCCCCGCAGAGGGCCGCCGUCAUCUCCCACUUCAUCCGCGUGGCGCAGAAGCUGCUGCAGCUGCAGAACUUCAACACCCUGAUGGCCGUGGUGGGCGGCCUCAGCAACAGCUCCAUCUCCCGCCUCAAAGACACGCAGGCCCACAUCGGCGCCGAGACCAAUAAGGUUUUCAACAACCUCAUCGAACUGGUGACGUCGUGCGGCAACUACAGCCAGUACCGCAAGCGCUUCUCCGAGUGCUCCGGCUUCCGGUUCCCCAUCCUGGGCGUGCACCUGAAGGACCUGAUAGCCGUGCACGUGGCGCUGCCGGACUGGGUGGACAAAGAGAAGACCAGGGUGAACCUGGCCAAAACCCAGCAGCUGUACGCCAUCCUGCAGGAGCUGGCGCUCAUCCAGGCCACCUCGCCCAACAUCGACGCCAACACGGACCUGGUCAACCUCCUCACGGUGUCAUUGGACCAGUACCACACCGAGGAGGAGAUCUACCAGAUGUCCCUACAGAGGGAACCACGGAAGCCAGUGCAAAACUCCAGCCCCUCCCCCACGCCCGACCCCCAGCCCCCGAUGAUCGACGAGUGGGCCGUGUCGGUGAAGCCCAACGCCGACCCGACCAUCAUCAAGAAACACAUAGAGAAGAUGGUGGAGUCGGUCUUCAAGAACUUUGACACGGACGGCGACGGACACAUCUCCAGGGACGAGUUCGAGGCCAUCAGGAACAACUUCCCUUACCUCAGCAAGUUCGGGGAGCUGGACAAGAACCAGGACGGGAAGAUCAGCCGGGAUGAGAUGGUCGACUACUUCAUGAAAGCCAGCUCGCUGCUCAACUGCAAGAUGGGCUUCAUCCACACCUUCACCGAGGCCACCUACGUCAAGCCCACGUUCUGCGAGCACUGCGCCGGCUUCAUUUGGGGUUUUUACAAGCAAGGCUACAAGUGCAAAGCCUGCGGGGUCAACUGCCACAAGGCCUGCCGGAGCCGCCUGGCCGUGGAGUGCAGGAAGAGGACCAAGAGCAUCAGCCACGAGGCGCCGCCGGCGCUGCAGGCCCGGUCCUACAGCUUCCCUCCGCCGGCCAACGCGCCGCCCAGCCUGCAGAGCACCGUGAUUGCCGAAGAGGACCUGGAGACAGUGGAGCAGGGAGUGUUUGACGUGCACCUAUAACCAGACGCCCUCCCACGUGCUGAGCCAAGCCUGAGAGCACGAGACGCUGCCACGCGGUGGACACACGCUGCAACAGCAACACCCCACGCAACAACGAAUGUGAACGGAUCCGUCUGUCUGAAUACUGUGUUUACUGUGUGCGUUUUGAUCCCGUGUCGGCCAGUGGUGUGACUGUAAAUAUAUAUAAACUAUAUAUUAGUAAAAAAAAAAAUCCACGCAAUUGUAUCUUGUUGGUGGAACGUUAAAGUCAGUGGGGUUUGUAGCUUGAGCUGACUGUGGACUUUUACUUUGGAGGUGCUUUUAUUUGCCACGAAUGUAAAGCUGCCACAGACUAAGCUGCUGUUUCUAUUGGCCGGUGGACCAGUGACUGUGGAAGUGUCCGUUUCCUGUAGCUGUAGCCGCGUUGCCGUUGUUUCCGGUGAAAAGCGCUGCUCUCACGUGAAGGACCCGCCCCGUUCCGAUCAACACAUUGACGGCAGCGAGAGAGGAGGCCGGCGAAACUCCCGCCGAGGCCUCUAUCAGUUUUCUAAACGAGCUCUCGAGCUCUUAAGCUGUCGGUUAGAAAAAUAAAUGAAUAAAAUGAAAACACGUCCAACGAGAGGCAUCACAAGCGGAGUAAUGAGGCUUUUCAUUUGACAGCAGCUUAUGAAAACAUUUCCCUGAGAAUCCGUUCCGAUGCGAGUUGUACUUCGCCGCUUUCAUCCCGCAUGCCCCCCCCCCCCCCCCCCCCCUUCGCAGCUCUGUUCUCGGGCCAAUCGUCUCCGACGCUCACUUCCUUAAUGCAGCGCGCCAAGUUAUCAUUUAUUUAGGGAACAUGAAGUCUUGAAACUCCAGACAGAGGAAACGUUCUGUUGCUCUGUGCCUCUGGAGAGAUGAAUUCCGACUUCGAGUGCCACAUUCAUAAGCGCUAAUUUGUCGCUGAAUGAGACUGCUCGCAGUUGCUAUUUAUUUGUGUGUGUAAAGUGCCACGUGGCUGCUGGCCCUUCGCCGUCGCUCUGCGCCUCUCGUUGUUCUGUGAAUGAGUCUUUUAGACUGAUGUCAUGUUUCUCCUUGUGGCUCCCACAUGAUUCCAGUAUUAAAUGCGCCGAGCAUCUUCCUUUUUAUGUGUUCUGAGUGUAAUAAGAAUGAUCCUGUACAAACA